AUGUCCAGCUCAAACGGCCCCAUAAUCGCCGACAUCCUGUCCAAAACCCGCCUCGUCAACACCUACGCCUCGCUAACCCGCGAAUUCGAGUCCGCCCUCUCGCACAUAAACAACCCCUCCAAACAAAUCACAAUCCUAGCCCCCCGCAACUCCGCAAUCCAUAACCUGCCGCACAAACCCUGGGAAAACCCCGAAGACUAUGAGCGAUUAGGCGAGGUGAAUGCGUAUGAGGGGCGAGAGGGAAAGGAUCGGGCGCAGGGGAAUUUGAAGAGGUUUGUGGAGGGGCAUAUUGUGGGUGUUUGUCCGUGGGGGGAGGGAGAGGAGGCUGAGACGUUGUGUGGGAAGAAGGUUAGGUGGGUGAGGGAGAGGGAUAGGAUGGUGAUCGAGCCUGGGCAUAUUGAGGUGGAUCAUGUUGCUGAGAAAGUGUCUAACGGUGAGGUUUGGAUUCUCAAUGGGGUUCUUGAUCCUCGUUAG